CUUAAUCGCUGAUCCCCUCCAACCCCGUCCUCUCAGCGCCCCCCCCCCCCAACAUUGGCAAGCGCGCACCUCACCCCUCCAUCCUCAGAUCUAUUGCAAUUCACAGGUUUUCUCAGUAUUUGAGGUCAAGAUGUCUAAUCAGCAGGAAGAACAGGGUUUGCAGAAGUUCCUUAGGGAUGUGGAUGAAGUUACCAACUUGAUUCAAGGCUUGAAUUCUACAGACCCUUCUAUCCAGGAGAAGGCCAUUGCAGACGCAGAGAAAAGAUUCAGCUCCACUGCUGUCAAAGAUGAAGAUCAGUGCAAGCCCACAGUGGACAGAACCCUCAUCAAUACACGAGCCUCGGAGUUGCCUAAACAGAAGGAAAUGAUAAAUCCAGAGAGUUUCAUGGUCGCUUUGGAGAAGGAUGCCGAAGACCGAACAAGGAAAAGGAAGCAAAAUGAAGCUUUAGCAAAUGCCCUGAAAGAGAAAGGGAAUGAUGCUUUCAGCAAAGGCGACUAUGCACUGGCCAUUCAGAGGUACACUGAUGGACUCAGGAAGCAGAAGGAUAUGCAAGUGCUGUACACCAACAGAGCACAGGCCUAUAUGAAGUUGCAGGACUAUGAAAAAGCCAUCAGUGACUGUGACUGGGCUUUAAGGUGUGAUGAAAAAUGCAUCAAAGCUUUCUUCCUCAUGGGGAAAGCAUACUUGGCCCAGAAGCAGUACAGCAAGUCCAGAGAAUGCUACCUGAAGAUUUUAGAAAUUGAUCCCCAAAAAGAGAAGCUGUGCAAAGAUGCCGUACAUGAAGUAGACUUAGAGGAAAAAAGACAGUAUGAGGAGGAGAGGGCCAUGGAGGAGUUUGAAUCUGGGAAACACACAGCCGUGUCUGUGAAAGAGUUGCUCCAGAAGCUCAGCAAGCCUAAUGAGAACAUUCUCUACUAUGCUGGUGGGAUUAGGCUUUUGACGGAUAUGAUGCAAGAUUGCACUGAGCAAACCUUAUUUAGGACAAACAGUGGAUUCACUAUCAUCAAUGAUAGCGAGGUCAUACAACGGGUCUUCCAUACUGAGGCAAAAUCCCCUGCUGAAGUAGAACUGUUUCUGUCCCUUCUCAUCCUGUGGCAAGCGGUCUGCAAAGGGAAUGAGGAGAACCAGCGCUUGCUGCUUACUCAUCCAGAUGUGAACCUGCAACUUCCUGCUCUGUUACUUUCUGAGGUCCCCUACACCUGCUAUGUCAGGCAAGUCUCCAGGUGUGCCACAUUGCAGCGGAGGCAGAUGCAAGGGCCAGGGAGUGAAGGAGUGAGAGCAGCCGUAAUUGCUUUGUCUCUUCUCCGUCGCGAGAUUGAAAGGUGGCUGCAGAUCUUAAUGUCCUUCAUCAAGAUUUUUGACAGCAGGGCUAGAUAUGCUAUGAACCUGCUGACCAGCUUAAUCGUGGAGGAGAAGUUCAAAAUCCAGUGCCGUAUCAAACUUUCCACAGAGGCUUUGCCACUAUUCAUAGAAUUGCUGGGUUCUGUCAAGACAGUGAAUGAGCUGGCCCUUGCCCAGUGCAUUGCCAUCAUGGGAGACCUCUGCUCCGACAUGGUCAUCCAAAUGCAGAUGACUGAAAGCCUGGAAUGCUGGCAGGCCUGUUUAAGCUUUGUGGAUGAGUGCUGGACUGAAAGCAAGGCCACCAGAUACCCAGAGUGUCUCUAUGCACUGCUUGGCCUGAUGAUGAACCUCUCUCUGCAACCCAAUUUGCUAAUUCAGAAUCUUGCAGUAGAGAUCUUGGAGAAAUCUAUGCCCCUCUUCAGCUGUAAAGAUGGAAGAAUUGUGACACGAGCAGUUGGUCUUAUCAGUCGCAUCCUGCCAGUAAGUCCAGAGGCACUGGAAGAGGCAAUGAAAGAAGGUGUGGUGAAGAAAAUGAUCAGAUUUCUGAAGGCAGAUGGGCAGACCACAUCUAGCUAUGCAAUGAAGACCCUUGCUGCUUGUGUCAAGAGUAGCCGCCGGGCACAGGAGCAGAUUGUAAAGCUCGAUAAAAAAUGUAAGAUACUGCUGAAACUUCUGCGCUCAGAGGAUGAGGUGAUGGCAGGAAACGCUGCUUUCUGCCUCGGGAAAUGCUUUGAGGUGCCUGGAGCAGCCACAGAUUUGCUUGAUACAGAUAUUGUGAGGAUUUUAUUGAAAGUUGCUGGCAGGGAUGCCCGAAAGACCUCCGUGCAAGAGAACGCAGCCAUUGCUUUAGGAAAGCUCUGCACAGCUGAUGCCAGGCACACCAGUCGGUUGCGGGAGCUGAAUGGAAUGGCAGUCCUCAGCACCUCCAUGAAGUAUGUGCAGGGAUUUUAAAGACUUCUGCAAAUGUUCCAGAGAAUGUUUACAGAGCCUGCCAUAUAUCUGGUCUGGGCUGCACUUUGUUUUUUUUAA